AUGAGCUCUUCCCCUAAUGAGUCUGCUGCCACUGUCUCUGACACCAUUGUUGCUAAUGCUCACACCUUUAUCAACAUCAACAUGAGUAAUGUCCCUAAACUUACUCCCUCUAACUAUCUCAUGUGGAGUCUCCAAGUCCAUGCGCUACUUGAUGGCUAUGGUUUUGUGGGACAUCUUGAUGGUUCUACCGCGGCUCCACCCACCACCACCACUGUUGCUGAUGUCGUUACGGCGAAUCCGGCGUUUCAGAUCUGGUCACGACAGGAUUGCCUCAUCUACAGUGCUCUGCUUGGAGCGAUUUCGUUGUCUCAACAACCGAUUGUCGCUCGUGCCGUGACCACUCAUGAAGUCUGGACAACUUUGGCGUCCACCUAUGCCAAUCCCAGCCGUGGUCACAUCCUUCAGUUGAAGACUCAACUCAAACACUGGACCAAAGGUGACAAAACAAUUGAGGUUUACCUUCAAGGUCUUGUCACCAGGUUCGAUCAACUUGCCAUUCUAGGCAAACCAGAGGAUCUUGAAGAUCAAAUUGAGAUGAUUCUUGAUGGUCUUCCUGAGGAGUACAGGCCAGUCAUUGAUCAAGUAGAAGGACGCGACACACCUUCGUCAAUCACAUACCUGCAUGAACGUCUCAUUAACCAUGAAUCCAAGCUUCUGGCGGCCACUUCCGCAUACUUGUCUCCGCACUCCACUCCGCCUGCUCAUUUUCACCCGAACAACCGUGGUUCUCGUCCAUAUCUUGGUCGUUGUCAGAUUUGCGGAACACAGGGACACAGUGCUCGUCGGUGCCCUCAGUUUCAACCACUAACGACACAGUCCAACUCACACUCCUCACCAUGGCAACCUCGUGCCAACCUUGCUGCUAGCGCCCCGCUCAAUGCAAAUCAAUGGAUCCUUGAUAGCGGUGCCACUCAUCACAUCACCUCUGAUCUCCAAAACCUUGCUCUUCAUCAGCCUUAUCAUGGUGGCGAUGGUGUUGUGAAUGCUGAUGGCUCCAGCACUGCAAUUACUCAUACUGGUUCCCUCUUACUUCCAUCCCCAUCUCGUAUUUUAGAAAUACAUAAAGUGUUAUGUGUUCCUAAUAUCAAGAAGAAUCUUGUUUCUGUGUACCGGUUGUGUAAUGCUAAUCAAGUCUCUGUUGGAUUUUUCCCUACUCAUUUUCAGGUGAAGGAUCUCAGCACGGGGUCCCCUUCCUGCAAGGCAAAACCAAUAAUGAGUUAUAUGAGUGGCCAAUGA